AUUCAAAACAAAACAUUUAAUUAGUACUCGAGGUCUUUACAAUGUAAAUUCUGAUAUAUCAACCUUUUUUAUUUGUAUUUCCACCUUUUUUUAAAUUUAUUAUCCCUUAAUUAAGAUUUUACAAAAUUAUAGUACAAUUGUAUAACUUCUGAGGAGAGAAAAAGGAGAUGGCAAACACCUACUUGAGUCCAAACAAACUAUUCCUGAAAAAGUAAAACAUCCUCAUCUUUACAUAUAUUUGUGUUUGAGAGGGAAUUAGGAUGCUGUCGUCUUCAGUGAUGAUUCGACGCUUUUGUAGCUUCAGUGUCACCGCUUCUUCUUCUGCUCCUUCUACUAUCACUUCCAAUUCAAAGAAGAAGCGUCUUGUCUUUCUGGGUUCUCCUCAGGUUUCUGCUUCAGUUCUUGAUGCUUUAUUCAAUGCUUCUGCUGCCCAAGAUUCCCUAUUUGAGGUCACAGCUAUCAUUGCGCAACCACCCACCAGAAGGGAUAGAGGAAGAAAAGUAAUGCCUUCACCGGUUGCUCAACAUGCUCUUGACAGAGGAUUCCCUUCUGAUUUGAUUUUCACACCUGUGAAGGUCGGUGAGGAAGCAUUUCUUUCUAACUUUAAAGCUUUGGAGCCAGAGCUUUGUGUUACUGCUGCAUAUGGGAAUAUUUUACCCACUAAAUUUCUGAAUAUUCCUUCAAAAGGAACAGUUAACAUACACCCAAGUUUACUGCCUCUAUAUCGUGGCGCAGCCCCUGUUCAAAGAGCAUUGCAGGAUGGUGUUAAAGAAACAGGGGUGUCGUUAGCUUAUACAGUUCGUAAAUUGGAUGCUGGACCAGUUAUUGCGCGUGAAAGAGUAACAGUUGAUGAUCAAAUAAAGGCUCCAGAUUUACUUGAGUUACUAUUUGCUCUAGGUUCCAAACUUCUAAUUCGUGAACUUCCGUCCAUAUUUGAUGGGUCUGCAAGUGGAAGAGCAGAAGAGCAAGAUGACUCUAGAGCUUCUCUGGCUCCCAAGAUAACUCCUGAGGAGUCAUGGCUAUCCUUUGAUGAAGAUGCCCAAGUGCUUCAUAAUAAGGUUCGGGCAUUUGCAGGAUGGCCAGGAACUCGAGCUAGACUUAUGGUCAUUGACCCUAGCAGUGGCGAGAGCGGUAGUAUAGAGCUUAAAAUUAUCACCACUCGGAUUUACAGUGGUAUCAGAAGUCAAGAUAUAGAAGCCAAUGAUGUGCUUUUUACCAAAGGUUCACUGGUAAUUCCUUGUGGUGGGGACACGGCCCUGGAGGUUUUGGAAGUUCAGCUUCCCGGCAAGAGGACUGUUAAUGCAGCUUCAUUUUGGAACGGAUUAAGAGGCCAAAUACUGAAAAAAUGAUUAUCACUAAGCCGGUCAAGCACACCACAUCAGAAGUCGACAAGUCGUACAAAAUGUCAUUGUUCUACAUAGUUCAUUGCAUAUCUGAUCAUAAAACACACAACUGAGAGAAUUCAAGAUGGGUUUAACUUUGAUUGGAUGCUUCUGUCGUGAUCUUCUCCGUUCUCGGGAUAAUUCAGACUUCUCAAGGAAGUCACAUUUGUUAUACAAGAUAUUCCAGCUUCAGAAAAGGAUUAAUAAAUUUGUUUUUACGAAUUUUAACUGAUUUGUAAUGCUCGGUUUAGUUUUUUUAAUAGUAGUAAAGUUUCCCUGGAGAA